UUACUCACAUCAAGCUUCUACAAAAGAUCCAUCUUAAAGUUCAAUAACCUAAGUGCUAAUCACUUAAGCUACUCCAAGUUUCUUCUUUGUCUCACACAAGUAUUAAUAAGCUUUAGAAAUGGCAACAGCAUCGUUCAACAUGCAAUCAGUCUUUGCUGGUGGAUUGACCACUCGCAAGAUCAACGGCAACAAGCUUUUCUUCGCCGGAACCUUCCCUAGCCUCAAGAGGAACUAUCCGGUGGGAGUGAGAUGCAUGGCUGAGGGAGAGCCCAAAAACGAAGACUCUGCACCUACCUCCGCGGCUCCUCCUCCUACUAAACCUAAGGUGAGCACGAAGUUUAGCGAUUUGCUAGCGUUCAGUGGUCCAGCACCAGAGAGGAUUAACGGACGUUUAGCUAUGGUUGGAUUCGUUGCGGCGUUGGCUGUUGAGCUAUCUAAGGGUGAAAACGUUUUCGCUCAGAUCUCCGACGGUGGCGUCUCAUGGUUCCUCGGUACGACGGCGAUCUUGACACUUGCGUCGCUUGUGCCACUUUUCAAGGGCAUAACCGCUGAGUCCAAAUCCGAUGGUAUCAUGACUUCAGACGCUGAGCUUUGGAACGGACGUUUCGCGAUGCUCGGUUUGGUCGCGUUGGCGUUCACUGAGUUCGUCAAGGGUGGGACACUCGUCUAAGGAAAAAAAUACAUUAUGGGGAGGAUGUUUAUUACGAUUUUGCCCAUGUAUGUCUAUGUAAAGUAAUUUGUGUUUAGGCCUACUUUGUGUUUGAUACGUAUGUUCAAUGUACUAUAGUGACAUUUUGAAACUUUGGUUUAAAAACACUUUAAAUUAGUGGUGUUUUAAAA